CUCAUUGUUAAGUCUGUCUGUAGGAGAGUAUCCAUUAUUAGCGUAGGAAUGCAUUGAAUGAGUGAAUGAAUGAAUGAAUGCCUCAAUUAAUACACAAAUAUCUGACAGUUUGUCGACCUCUGCCUUCACACCACUCCACCAUCCACUCAGACAUCACUCAUUCACCACUCAUUCACCACUGGAUGACACACCACUCCAAGACAUCACCGCAACCCAUGCACCACAUCCACCACAUCGCUGUCACCGCAUUGGCUCACAAUUGACUCGUUUGUCGUCAACUAAUGAAUGUCUUUCCAAUUGAUCCAAAGAUUAUUUGAUGUGAUUAUUGAUUGUCUGUGAAGUACAUCCCAAUUGAGUGCACUAUUGAUAUAAUGGCCACCAAUGGCUCAUCCAAUGUGUCUGAAGUGCGAACAAAUGGUCACCGAAUGGAGAGUUCGCUUCAGUCGAUAGUCAAUGAGUUCUUGAGUUCACAAUUGGCUCUCAAAGGAUACAAUUGGACUCCAGAGGAAGUGGUGCCAAACGGUGUCAACAGUGACUCUCAUAACCAAUCAUUCAAUUUGAGUGAAAGGACUAAAAUAGUGGACGCGUUGAAGACAUUGGGCCACAAAUACGUGAACUUAUAUGAGGAACAGUUGGCUGCGAUGUGUGAGCGCCUGGAGUUGAGUCCGUCGACGGCGAUGACAACAUUCAACAGUGUGUCCAACGAAUUGUUCAUCGAAGGCAUCAAAUGGCAUCAUAUCAUCACUUUCCUGGUCUUCAGCGCCGAAUUCGCGUUCAAUUGCGUUCAAAACGGUUUCCCAAAUCUAGUGAAUGAAGUCUCGCAUUGGAUCACCACUUAUGUCACACAACACCUUCACCCAUGGAUCCGUGAUAAUGGGGGCUGGGAGUCUGUGAUCGAGUUAUCCGACGAUAAAGUGGUUGCGGGACAGAAGAAACUGCUUUACGGAGCGGCCGGUGCUCUCGGAGUGCUAACUCUGGGACUGUUUCUGAGAAACUUUUCUUUCAAAUGAGUUCUUCACUCAUUUGCUCUCAAAUUUAAUUUAUACACAACUUUCCUAUCAGUUUACAAAUAAGUAUUCAAUGAUCU